UGUCUUUAGUCUUUAGUCUUUAGUCAUCAUCAAAGUCAUCAAUCUCUCUCUCUCUCUCUCUCUCUCUCUCUCUCUGAUCCAUUUUAAAAUUUUGUCCGGUCCUCUGCAACUUCUUGGUGCUUCUGAGAUUCACAAGCUUGCGAGUUCGCUUCUGGCGAGAAAUAGGCUUUUUGCUCGUUAGCAGAAUGUCGAAGAUCUGAGGAAAAAAGCACGAACAAGGAAGGGGGCUUUUUUCGAUCCAGCAGAGGAGAUGAGCGGCGCGUCGAGGUUCAUAAAGUGUGUUACUGUCGGAGAUGGUGCUGUCGGAAAAACCUGCAUGCUGAUCUCUUACACCAGCAACACUUUCCCAACUGACUAUGUGCCAACAGUUUUCGACAACUUCAGUGCUAAUGUUGUUGUAGAUGGCAACACCGUCAAUCUCGGCUUGUGGGACACAGCUGGGCAAGAAGACUACAACAGGUUACGACCUCUGAGUUACCGUGGCGCUGAUGUUUUCAUUCUUGCCUUCUCUCUCAUCAGCAAGGCUAGCUAUGAGAAUAUCGCCAAAAAGUGGAUUCCUGAGCUGAGGCACUAUGCUCCUGGUGUUCCCAUCAUCCUCGUUGGCACAAAACUUGACCUUCGAGAUGACAAGCAAUUCUUCAUAGAUCAUCCUGGUGCAGUACCGAUCACUACAAACCAGGGAGAGGAGCUGAAGAAACUGAUUGGGUCUGCUGUCUACAUUGAAUGUAGUUCAAAGACCCAGCAGAAUGUGAAGGCAGUGUUUGAUGCAGCCAUCAAAGUGGUGCUUCAGCCACCAAAGCAGAAGAAGAAAAAGAACAAGAACCGUUGCGCCUUCUUGUGAUUAAAAGAAAAUCUCUUUACUGUAAAGAGACUAGGCAACCAACUAAAAAGAAGAAGAAUGAUGAUUUCAACUAUUUGAUUCGGUUCCUCCCCAUUUUAAUGUGACCAUUCCGACAGUGAAGGGAGAACAUUUCGAGUAGCUUUUUGUAUAGUUUCUUAAAAACAAGCUGUGUUGUUGUUGUUGUGUCUUUUGCUCUUUCGUUUUGAGUUAACAGUGUGUUGUACCCUUGCUAUGUAGUCUAAUCUCUAUCUCUCUUCUCUUUCAUUCUCGACAAUGUGAAUCUAAUUAAUAUUGCAACUUUUGUUAAAGCUG